ACAACCGCCACGGAGAGUGCCCCAUGCACGGGCCGCUGCACUCGCUGCGCCGGCUGGUGAGCACGGGCAGCGCCGCGGCCGCCGCGCCCCCGCCCGAGAUGCCCGAGUGGCUGCGGGACCUGCCGCGCGAGGUGUGCCUGUGCACCAGCACCGUGCCCGGCCUGGCCUACGGCAUCUGCGCGGCGCAGAGGAUCCAGCAGGGCACCUGGAUCGGGCCCUUCCAGGGCGUACUCCUGCCCCCGGAGAAGGUGCAGGCCGGCGCCGUGAGAAACACGCAGCAUCUCUGGGAGAUUUGGCUCAAUUUGGCUUGACUCAUCAAAACACCAGGGGAUAGAAUUAUGUGG